GGUAGCAUUGUAACUGUGACAUAUGUAUGUUUACAAUGGAUUGUUCAGAUUUCAUGUAUAUCAAUAAAAAUUGUCUAAUUUUGUUGAAAAAGUUUUUGUAAUAAAUAUAAAGAAAAUAAUGUGGAUAAAAUGACACCUAAUCUUGGAGGUUGGAUUCAUAGCUUCACAGUCACGGACACGCUAACUCAUAAAGCCGGUUAUACUAUAUACAAAAUCACUUCAAUCGUAUUUCCAAGGACCUUACCUCAAGCUCUAACCUGCUUAACAAUUUGGAAACGAUUUCAUGAUAUAAAACGUUUACAUAGAGAGUUAUCCCGUCGUCAUCGUAGUCUCAAAUUACCAGGACAACUUCCUGAACCUACAGAUUGUAGUUUUUUUAAACGUUUCGAUGCAAAUGUUAUACGCCGUCGAAAGGAAUAUAUAUUGCAACUGCUGGAUUUCGCUGCUCAACACCCAGCUCUUUAUAAGUGUCACGCAUUCACACAGUUCUUUAGUGAAGCACAGCAAAGCGUUGCCGGAGGAAUUGCAAAUGGUUGUCUAAAUAAUUUAAUUGUCACCAAAAAGGGGUCACCAUUGCAUCAGUUGUAUACAGAAGAGGGCCUAAAAGGUGGGGCGAUAGCUGAAAUAUGUGAUAAACUUGAUUUACUUUAUGACCCUUAUGACAUAGACGUUAGCAUUGCCCCACUUGGUUCGUUGGAAAAACAAUUUGAAAAUGAAGAAACACGGAGCACUGUUGCAGAAAAAACAAAUUUGAUUGAUUAUGAAAAUAAUGCAAAUGUGAAAGAACCAAUAUUAAACGAUGAGGUCAUUCUGGAGGAGACGCGUUGCCAAGAUUACAAGCGUUUCCUAACUCCUAUGGCUUCAAUUGAAAGUGAAGACAGUGACUAUAUUUAUGAAGCAGCCUUGGAAUUUAGUAAAGCAGUUCAGGCAGAAGCAAAUUUAGAAUUUCAGGAGGCACAUGCGCGUUAUAAGCGAGGCGUUGAACUAUUGUUGAUUGGUUCGAAAGAUGAUACCAAUGAUGAACGUAAAUUUAUUGCAAAAGCUAAAAUUUCAAAAUACCUUGCACGAGCUGACGACAUAUAUGCACAAAUUUUGGAUGAUAAUUCCAACGAAAGAGAUUGGCACGGUAGAAAGAAUUUUCAGUUAUCUAUUGAUGUGACAGAGUGUGCAGUUGCUGGAAAACUGUCUGUGUAUCUCGAACGUCCAUGGAACCACUUGGCGAAGUAUAAAGUCUUGAAAAUUCUGGGGGAAAGUGUUAUGCAGGUUUAUUGCGUAACUGAACCUGAACCGCGAUCAACAUACGUGAUGAAAGGAAUUGAAAAACCAUCCAGUAAUAUCCCUACACAAACGGUGUUUUUGCCACAGCAUGUAGCUUUUAUGGUAGAUCUAUUGGCAUUUUUCCAGUCCGAACAGAAAAUCUUCUUGCUAUUAAAUUAUGCGGAAGGAGGACGUCUGUAUGACUAUGUGCGAUCAUAUACACCGACGAUUGCGUCGAAAGGAAGUAAUAAUUUCUCGGUUUUAUUUCCGGACGAUGUGGAUCCUCAAAUAUCCAAUAUCCCCAAUACAAUGGAAGUUGUGGCGGAAAGCUCAUAUAGUACCAGUAGAGGUAGUGUAGAAGAUACUAGUUUUUCUAGUUCAGCUAAAGCGAGGAAUGAACUCUUAGUGCCUUCAAAAUCAGAAGAAUUCAAAGAGUUAGUGCGUUCGUCGCAUGAACUGCUUCAAUCAGUGUCAAAAACUUUAAAUCAGAUAAAGCUAUUGGAAGAUACAACAAAGGGAUCGAAUGAAACGAGUGAUGCAUGCCUAAACAAUUUGACGUGUCAAUCAUCUUCUCCCAAUAAUAAGAGUAUUAUUAAAUUCUCAAGAAUUCCAGAAGCUAGUUUGAAACAAUGGACUCGAGAGUUAGCGGUAGCUAUACACUGCUUGCACGGAAAAGGUGUCAUACUAAGCGAUCUCCACAUGGAUAAUUUGCUACUUGGCUCAAAAGGUCAAUUAUUGCUCACGUAUUUUUAUCAAAAUGAAGGACUCAGUGAUUCCAAUAACUAUAUGCACAAAGCUUACAGCCAGACAGCAUUAGACGGUCACUAUGUCGCUCCCGAACGUCCACUCACAUUUAAAUCGGAUUGGUGGAGUUAUGGUAUUAUACUCUACGAGUUACUUAUUGGAAUUCCCUUCAAGUUAGCACAUCCUGGCAGCAUUGAUUUGUACGGUUUUGUACAAUAUCCUGAAAAUAUUGAUGUAUCGGAGUGUGCCAAGGAUUUGAUAGAAAUGCUGUUGCAACAAACACCAGAGAAUCGCGCGGAUUAUGAUCAAAUACAAAAACAUGAAUUCUUCAUUGGUACGGAUUGGGAGAUUGUGCAACGCAGUGGAUUGAAUCACAACGUUAUUGACAACUACAAAUAGCACGAGAAAUAAGCAUAAAAUAGUAACAUAAAUACAUAUGUAUGUACGCAUGUACUAUGUAUGUUAUUAUAAAGUUUUAACUUAAGUGAUUUUAUCAUCAAAUUUUGCAGGCUCGAAAACCAUUCUUUCUGAAUAACAGAGUAGUUGCUACAGCGAAGUAACUGUCCUAAAACAAUCUUCCCAUCUCAACUAAUUUUUUCGUUAUGAUUUGUUAUGAUUUGUUAUUUCUUCAUAGUACUGUAUUCUAUAUUUUUCAUAAAAGAUGGUAUGUUUUUAUCGCUAAAUGUUUUCGGUAAACUAAUUGAAAUAAGCCUUUACCAAAUAGUAUUAGAAAGAAACGGAGACUUUCGAUAAACUACAGCCGUGUUAUAAAGAAAUACAAUUUCAGCAAUAUUAUUUUUUAUUUCCCUUUAGUGAAAAUUUUCUAAAUAAAUUAUUAUCUAUUUGUUCUUAAACUUUAAAUACAUUAAUUAUUAGAAAGUACAAACAAAUUUAAAUUAAAAGUAUUGACCUAAGGAGUUUUUUUCGUUAUUUAUAAUAUUCUCAAAAUAUUUAAAAACCUUAAUUAGAAAUGUAAAUACUAUUCCAAAAAAAAGAAACGUGUGAUUUCAUUUUAAUUCGUGUGUAGAAAAGCUAAAUUGUUUAAAUAUUUAAAUAUUUUACAAAUUGUAUGAUUAAUAAUAUAUAAAGAAAAAUAUUGUCAAUUUCACAACAGUUAAACAUUUGAAUACAGUUUAAUAAAGAAAUAUUUAAAAUUAAAGUCUGCUUCAUAGUGUUUAUACAGGAAUCCUUAAUUCUAAAGUAUUUUCAGAAUAAAUUUAAGAUCUUAUGCACAUACAUACAUAUAUGAUAAUGUUACAUCAGUAACACUUUUCUAAACUAUUUUUAAUAACGUAAUAAGGCACAUACGAAUGCGUUAUAAUAGGUGAUAUUCCAAAACCAAAUUGAAAUCAAUUGCGAACUUGGAUUUUUGUUUCACUGUCAUUCUAUUAAUUUCUACGGUCCUACGGUUCUACUUCUAUACCUAAUAGUUUAAUUAUGCAUAAGACCAUGCAACUACCAUAUAUUAACUAUAUGAUAAAAUGGCAAGACUGUGGAUUCUGUUGCUUGUAUAUCUAUUCAGUAACUUAAUUACACAUUCUUCAUUCUUUUUGGAUUUAUGUAUCUACAACAUAUUUAUAGGUGCACAUAAUCAUAUAUACAGCCAUGCAUACGUAUAUGCAUAGCAUCAUAACAUUUAUGCAUGUACA